UGAUGAUGGUGCUGGUGCUGGUGCUGGCUACCCUUCCCUUUUACUGCUAUGCAGGUUCUGGCUGCGUUAUCCUGGAGAGUGUCCUUGACAAGACCAUUGAUCCUUCAGUUUCUGUGGAGGACUAUACAACGUAUCUUCAGAAGUACAUCCUCACUGAUGCCGCUAAAGUAGCCUUGGAGGAGUUAAAACAGUGCUUCCUCAGCCAAAGCAAUGAGACUCUGGCCAACGUUAAGGUCUUGGAGUAUGCAGUAUUUGACAGCCUUUACUGUGCUGCAUAUUAGUGGUCCCAAGACCUGCGACUAAGAGGAAUCCAGACUGUGGCAUCCAAUCAACUGCAGGCUGACAUACAGUACAAUUUUUUUUUUCUUAUUUUUCCCCUUUGAUCAAUAAUCUGCAAGACAGUUUUUGAAACCCAAAGUACACUUAAUUUCAAUAAAUUCACUGC